AUGGCCCAUCUCCAGAACCUCGGCUUCGACGAGUUUGUAGAGUUCUCCGACGCGAGAAGUCGCUAUCUCGUUCUUGGCCCAUACAGAGAAAUAUCGAAACAAUUUUUGGGGGUCGCCAAACUCAUGGAUAUUGAAAUACCCGAACUACAAGCCAUCCCCGAGGAUUCAGGGGAGGAUACUGACGGUGAUAAUUACAUCAAGGAGCAGACAAAGCGAUUUGACAGCAUUGUGACUUUUCAUGAAUAUAAUCCAAUGCUGGGCGAGACUGCGGUCGAUAGAGCCAGCUUCAUUAAGGAACAUUUCAAGUAUAUUAAACAACAUUUGCGGAAACUACAAACCAUCCCUAAGGAGCCGGAGGGGAAUUCUUGCGAUGGGGACACUUACGAUCAGUAA